UAUCAUUGUCUUUAAAGAACACAAAAAAGAAAUAUUGUAACUUUUUGAGAAAUGCAUAGAAGGAAAAUGAGAAGCGUCAAAUGAUAUUUAUAUUUGCGUGAAAUAAAUAAGAUUAGAUACGUCAUUGACAUUGAACACCAUCUUGCUGCCGGUUGAUCUUUGUACAGUGGCUACUCGUCGCACAGAGUGCAUUUUUCAUUUUCCAUAAAAUAUUGUUUACAAUGGCGACAAUAACGAGAUUAGCUAAAGUAAAUUUUAUAAGCAGGCGUUUGUACAGUUCCAAAGUCAAUUUAAAUGAUGUUGUAAUAGUCAGUGCUGUGCGUACUCCAAUGGGCUCAUUUCUUGGGUCCUUAUCAAAUGUGUCAGCCACUAAACUUGGUGCAGUAGCUGUGCAAGCGGCUGUUGAAAGAGCUGGUAUUGCCAAAGAACAAGUCAAAGAAAUAUAUAUGGGUAAUGUCUGCCAAGGUUUCUUGGGUCAAGCACCAGCGAGACAAGCUGCAUUAUUUGCAGGUCUUCCAAAGUCAACGAUAUGUACUACAGUGAAUAAAGUUUGCGCAAGUGGCAUGAAAAGUAUUAUGCUGGCCUCUCAAUCUCUACAGUGUGGUCAUCAAGAAAUUAUUCUAGCUGGUGGUAUGGAAUCUAUGUCUAAUGUGCCAUAUUACUUGGCACGUGGUGAAACGCCAUAUGGCGGAGUGAAACUUCAGGAUGGUAUUGUAUUUGAUGGAUUGACUGAUGUAUACAAUAAAUGUCACAUGGGUAACUGUGCUGAAAACACAGCUAAGAAAUUGAACAUCACUCGUCAACAACAAGACGAAUAUGCUAUCAGUAGUUACAAACGCAGUGCUGCAGCUUACGAAAAUAAUGUAUUUAAAGAUGAACUUGUACCUGUGAGUGUGCCUCAAAAAAAAGGCAAGCCAGAUGUAAUUUUCAUGGAGGAUGAAGAGUAUAAAAGAGUCAACUUUGAGAAGUUUGGCAAUUUAAACACAGUUUUCCAGAAAGAAAAUGGUACAGUGACAGCUGGAAAUGCAUCCACUCUAAAUGAUGGUGCUGCUGCAUUAAUUUUAACGACUAGCGAAGUCGCUCAAAGACUGAAUCUCAAGCCUCUGGCUAAAGUUGUUGCUUUUCAAGAUGCGGCAACGGAUCCUAUAGAUUUUCCGAUCGCGCCGGCAUUUGCUGUGCCAUCGCUGCUUCAAAAUGCUGGAGUUAAUAAAAACGACAUAGCUCUUUGGGAAAUCAAUGAAGCAUUCAGUGUAGUGGCUGUAGCAAAUCAAAAAUUACUCGACAUUGAUCCCACUAAAAUAAACGUUCAUGGUGGUGCUGUUUCGCUUGGACAUCCCAUAGGUAUGUCAGGAGCACGUAUUGUAGUACAUUUGGUACACGCUCUUAAAGCUGGAGAGAAAGGUGUUGCAUCAAUUUGCAAUGGAGGUGGCGGUGCAUCAUCGAUCUUGAUCGAGAAAUUGUGUCAUCCAGUAUCUUCCCCGCCAAAAUUAACAUUAUAUACGAAAAGUCCCUGUCCACUUUGCGACAUACUAAAGAAUGAGCUGCGUUUGCGUUUCGCCGGUCGUUAUCAAUUACAAGAAGUCGACAUCACUGCGCAGGAUAACGAGCGAUAUUUUGAAUUGUAUAAGUACGAUAUACCAGUUCUUUUCUUAGAGGAUCGAUAUCUAUGCAAGCACCGAUUAGAUACUGACUUGUUAACAAGGAGACUCGAUGAAUUAACUUUAAGGAAAGAUAUAUAAACAUGUUAGUAUAAGAAGAUCAAAUUUAAUCAAAAUCAUUAUCGAUUUUAUUAAUUUUCUUAUUACAUAUCGUAAAAUUAUGCCUAAAUCUAUUUUUCAAUCGAGAUUACGUCUCAUGAAUUUGAAAUCUUCGUUUAAAAAGACUUGACAGCAUCUAUAAAUAGUAUCUAAUAAGCAUCUGAGACCCAGAAACGUUUGUAACGGUUCACAAACGGUAAUCAGUUCGACCAAUCUUAAUGCUUCCAUGUCCAACUUUGCGUUUGUUCCGCCGCAUCUCUCUUUCUCUCUCUUUCUAUCGCAUGUUCUGCUACUCCUCAUUUUUCUUUUUCUUGCAAUAAGGAGGCUGGAAAACGGAACGAUAGACGUGUGACUUGACGAUUCUAAUUAUACUAUCCAAGCGAUCAUUUCCAUUAUAUUAUAAACAACUCUCGGGAUUGCGAAGGAUUAUGUAUUGUAUAGUUUCGACGAAUCUUCGCCUUAUGUACUGUAAGAUUCAAAGAAGAAUAUUCAACGAAGAGAAUACGAUGGCAUUGAACGGUGUGCGGCUCUGCGGCAAAGCGGUUGCCAGCUGAGAGGAAGGUCCCCUAGGAGGCAACUCGCUUACGUAUCCUUUGAAUCUUACAAUACCUUUCCUUCGCCUCAAUUCUUCUGCCCCCUCCGUUCGUCGCGUCCCUUUCUCGCGCCCUUAACUAUCUCCCUUUCUCUACAAUAGACCGGACCCGCUCCAUCCACCCUCUCCCCCUCUCCGCGCGCGCGUGCGUGCGUGUAGGUGCGUGAAUGGGUGAAUGUACAGUCUCGCAACCGUUCGUCGCGGCGGCUCGUUCUUCCUCAGUGCGUGCCUUACGCGGGCACCGUGAAGUACUCUUCUUGUACUCGUACAUCGGUUACGUGGCAUGCGCGUUUUCCGUGCGACGACAGAAAAAUACAGAAAAAAAAUAUCGAUAUAUAAGAAGGGAAAAAGCAAAGGGUAUGUAAGAAGGGGGAAGGACGUGAGAAAGAGCGAAGAAAACUCGACGGACAAAGAGAGAGGGAGCGAGAAAAAAGUUGACACGAGAAAGAGAGAGAGAUAGAGAGCACGAAGUAGAGAGAAAGGGGGAGCGAGACGAGCGAAUCGCCGAGCGAAGGGGGCGAGUAUCUCUCGCGCGCGUCUCGCGAGCGCGUCGCUCACGGCGUACUUCCCGAAAUUCAACUGUCGUCGUGGAUCCGGCGCAGUGACUCCAUUAUCGAUUCCGUUAUCGAUCCGCGGCGUCGGAGUCGAGUCCUCGGAUGGAUAUCGCGACAAGACGGACCGUAGACGAGAGGACGGAAAUUCCGUCGAGAAACGCGUCGUCGUCCCGCGAGUCGCCGACACGGUGAGUCACGUUUGUCCGACCUACUUCUGUUAUCGAGGCGAACGUGCAAAAAAAAA